AACUGGGAGUGAGUGAUCAAUACAGCUGCAUCGCCACUCUCGCAACGCGAGCCCGCCCCCACGCCCCGGCCAGCCACGCUCCGCCGACACCGCUACUACCUCCUACCACCGCCAGCUUGCCUCUCAAGGCAGGACGACUUUUCGCUCGGCUGGAUGCCCUCUGCCCAGGAAUCUGCCGCCCUUGACAACUUCGACCAGCCACCACCAGCUGCUACUGCCACCGCGACUGCGACUGCGACUGCGACCGCCGCGAAGCUAGAAACAGCCGCGCAAGACACUGAGGACGCUUGGGGUUUCAGCGCGUCGCCGCCCAAGACUACGUCUGUGGGCAAGAAGAAGAAGAAGAACAAGAAGAAUGCACGGGCACAACAUAAUAUCGACGAGGGUGGGGACUCGUCUGCGUAUCCCAAAUCGAUAACACCUUCUCCGCCCACCGACCAUGGAGUCAGACUGCAGGCAGAAGUGACCUCGCAGCCACCAGCAUCCAGCCCGCCGGCACACCAUGCACUUGAUUGCGACUCUCUAGUCGAUCUGGACAUUCCAACGACUGCUGCGGUAGACGCCGAACCGCCGUUACCACCAACGAGAGUGACGAGAUCAGCUUCCACUUUAUCCCCUCCGCACACAAGGUCACCUAAUCCUGUGGCAGCCAAACCCGUCCCGGCCGCAGCUCCAUCACUGGGUCGGCCGACCCCUCCUCAAAGUGCACGCGACCGCGGAGGCAGUUUCAAGUCCGUUGCGUCGCCUGCUCCGCCAAGCCAGCCGCGUCGGGAGUCAUUUCUCGCGCAUCACUCGCCACGACCUCGACUCGGCGAGGCUCCUUUGCCGCACAUGCCACAGGCACAUUUCUUUGGUCUGCCAGAUUUGGGUAUUGGACUUGGACAAAAACAGGAGACUGGCAAGCCAGCCGGAUCCGGUGGGCACUGCCUGACAUUGGAUUCGCUUGCAGACGCCGGUAGCGAGAUCUCCGCCAAGAAGGCAGGGGACGCACUCAUUGUGGGCUGUGAUGGAGGCUUGGAAGUCUUCCGGAUUCUGCCCAACAAGCUGGAGGUUGUGGGUCGCCUUGAAGGCCUCCGAGGAGCUGUAAUUGGAGCCAAGAUUGUACCUCAUACUGAGCGAUAUGACCUAAUGCAGGAGCUCCGGCCUCUUAUCGUUGUCAUAACCCACGGCCCAAUGCUCGAAGGACGACACGACUCGGGUCCAGAAGGAGACGGCAGUGAGGCUGCAGACAACGACGUGACUACUCACUUUCAAACCACAGUCGAUGUUUACUCGUUGCAAACCCAACGCUACUUAGCAACCUUGUAUGCCGCCCCUCCAGUAGCCAUUGAUCAGCCUACAAUUGGACAGGUAUCCUCCCUUCCUAAGCCCGUCGGCGAUCUUAAAAUCGAUGCACAAGGCCGCUUCAUCACGGUGACUUCUGGCAAAAGUGGCGAAGUAUUUGUCUUCACCGAUACCCCAAAUGGCAUACUACAGGAGCCGCAGUUCAGAUGCAUUGGCAAAUUUUGGACGGCGAUACAGAGCUCAUUGUCAGCGCGAUCAGCAAUCAACAGCGAAAUUUUGGCUUCUAUCGAUUCCAUGGAGGAACCACAGCGAGCCAUAUGUAGCCUAAGCCCGAGAUGGCUUGCCAUUGUCAGUCCGUCCUCUUCCUCAACAAUAACACUGGCGGGCGCACCAUUGACAGCAGAUAUCAAUGGCACUCCCCCAGGACUCUCAACACACGCCGCGCCAACACAGCCUGCCAUCACCUGUGAGGUAGUAGGAACUGAUAUUGAGGGCGCGUGGAGCCGACUUGGACGACAGGCAGCGCAGGGCCUUGUCAAGGUUUCUCAAAGAGGCUUCGAGAUGGGACGGCAAGGUUGGAAGGAACUCACGCAGCCCUCGCCGCCAGGCAAUCGUCCCAAUCAGGAACGGGGAUCUCUCAGCGAUGAGUUCCCUCCUACAAAAGCACCAACAGACGCUCUGCGAACUACACAAGAGCCAGCUUUGGUAUGCUUGGUCGACCUAGACAGCCUUUUGACAUGGGAAGUGCAAAAACCGAAGUAUCUCCCACCUCCAAUGGCAACGUUUGCACUGCUAGAGGGUUGCAACUUUGUCUCUUUGUCGUCUGGAGGCUCCAAGCUCCUGACCUCCAGUCGUAAAGGUGAGGUAUCCGUGGUAUGGGAUCUCACGCAAGUCGCACGCGGAGUGCCUCGGCGUCGAGAUGCCACCGACCUUGAGGGCAGCACUUGCCCCAGCGUGAAGCAGCUGCUACGAAUUGCUCGCAACAGUCCUUCGACUGUGCUCAGCUGCGCGUGGUCCAAAGACGACGAUUCUCUGGCUUUGCUCACCGCUCAUGGCACUAUACAUCUCCAUGAGGUACCAAGCCGACCCUCGUCUCGUAAACGUAAGCGGGCCACGAUGACCGCAGCCAGUGCGGCUGAGAAAGCCGACGCUACUGUCAGUCUUUCCACCGGCCUCUCUCCGCCAAGCUCGGGCUUCCUGGGCAGUAUCAAGUCCUGGUCGCAGACUGUGAGUACGCAGGUUAACUCGAUCCGAACAACCAGCCCAGCUUCCGCAUUCGGUCUGCCAACCACGUUUGCCGGGUUCCGUGAAGCUACUGCGGCAGCGGGUAACGCAGGUUCCCGGGCAGUAGCAAGAGGGCUCAGCCAAGGGCUCACAGCUGCCAAAGGGGCCAGCAGCGACUACUGGCAUGCAGACGACAACAAGAUCAGACACACGAAAGCAUUACAGGAGCCAAGGUCCGAUAGUUCGCUUAGAUGGAUGAGACGCAACAACACCACCUCUAUUGUUGUAGCUUGUGGUGGCACGGUGCAUGUGCAUCCAGUGCAACGGGUCACACGACGGAAAGGACACGAGACCGUCAGCGGACUCAAACAUGAAAGAUAUGCUCACAAAGCAUUCCCUCUUCCGCCGAUCGCAACCAAGGCCGAUGCAGCGGGGCUGAAAGGCUCCGACUCGUGCUCAGGCCAGGGACCACACGGGUUCUGGAGCCUGCGAUAUUCAUCGGGGCAGAUGACUGAGGCUCGACGCUCGAGCUUUACAACGGGAAUAGGCGGGCUCGUGACAGGCAAUGAUGUGGAGACCAACCCACCCUUUUGUCCAUUCCACGUGGGAGAGCACGUGGGAAUAUAUGCUCUGGACGAGCUAGACUCUUGCCGAUACAAGGAGUCAACUUCCCUAGCGAACUACCAGGCUCAAGGGCACGGGGCCGGGGAUCAGACCACCGUGUGGAUCUUCGGCGAGGCGUUGCCAAAGAGCUCGAAAAUCAAUGAACACAUGCCCGAUCAGCUCCGCGAAAGCACGUACUUUGAUGAAGUCGACGAAGAUGGCGACGAAGACGUCGCUAGCCAGAUGGAGAGCAAAUUGACCAUUCAGCCCGCACGUAGCGGCAAGAAGCAGGAUGAACACAUAAGAGUCAACACGCGCCGCAAGCAAGGCAGAUCCGAGGGAGCCGCAGUCGGCUAUGAUGCAGAAAUGGAGUUCUCCGAAGACGACGGAGGGCCUGCUUAAUGUGGUAGAGGACGCUGGUUAUGACAGCUGGUCCAAUGGAGACUUGAUAGAUUCAGCCCGUGAAGGGCCACUCAAGUCGUUCAAUUUCGCACCUUUGAGCUUGCAACCACCAUGAGCACCUUUUUCCCCCAUUAUGGCUGCUCCUUAUCAUAUUGUCUGUAGCGUCGACGAGAUAUGCAAUGGUAGAGUACUUACGGCUAAGAAGAAUGUUCUCGACGCCGCCGACGCCUACGUUCAUGCUCAUCCUCCUCCGAGUCCGUUUCGGCGGCUCGAUGUCUCCUCGGUCUGUCCGUUUUUUCUGAUCGAGACUCGUCGCGGCGCGAGUGAGUUCGUGCAUCAUCCUCAUCAUCAUGUCGCGUCCGAUGCCUGCGAUCAUGGCCGUUGCUGUGCUCCCUGUGCCUCGACCUCUUCUCGCCCUCGUCCUCGUCAUGAUGCCGCUCUUUUCGCGAACGAUGCCCAUGCCUCGUCCGAUCACCAUCUUCUGAAUACUCUGUUGGCCGCGAUCUGUGAUGAUGAUGAUGUCUGUGUUUAUGCUUUCGCGGUUCAGAAUGCCUGUCGUCUGAUUUUUCCAGCUUGACAACUGCUCGUAGUGCUUCUGCCACUUGUUCUCGCUUCUCCUUGACUAAGUACUCCUUCAUGGGAUCAUCGUCGUCAUGAUCUUUUAGCAGCUUUUGCAAUUCCAAUUCCUCUUUGAUCAGCGGUCGGUCUUCUUCUUCUUCUUCUUCUCCACCUUCAAUUUCACUGUCAUUCGUGCGUCUCCUCUUCCGCCGCUCGUCACCCUCUCUGUCCGUAUCGUCUGCUCCGUCUUCCUCCCCCUCCUCCUCCUCAUCUCCAAUCCCUUCAAUCUCCCCUUCCUUCUUCUUAUACCUCGUAUGGUCCACACUGAUGACUCGACCCAUGACACCCGCACCACUCAAAUUGUCGACGGCCAGAUCGCAACUCCGCUGAUCCUCGUAUUUGAGAAAGCAGAAGCCGCGCGACUUGCCCGUGUCCUUGUCGCGGACGAGGUUGAUGUGCACGGGAUUGCCAUAUUGGCUGAAAAUGGUCAGGAUGUCGCCUUCCGAGAGCUCAAAAGGUAAACCCCCGAUGUAGAGGUAGGCGGUGUCGCGAUAGUCGGUGUGCCAUGAUGCAUUAGAGGGGAUGCAUUUGUCGAGUUCGGUUUGGUUGAGACGUUCGAUUUGUCGGAUGCUUUGCAUUUUCGGUGGACGUAC